AUGAAGAUCCUGACAGACAACGGCCUAUCCAUAAAAAAUCAAGAAGUCUGUGAUCUUAUAGGGCAAUACAGUGCAAGACUAAGGAUAUCAACAACAUACUAUCCACAAGGCAAUGGACAAACAGAAGCCACAAACAAGACCUUACUAAGGAUGUUAAGUAAAACAGUGGCUGAUAAUCAAAAGGAUUGGACAGAAAAACUGUCAGAAACCCUUUGGACCUAUCACACCACUAUUAGGAAGAGAACACAAGCGAUGCCCUACUCAUUGGUAUACGGCCAGGAAGCAGUACUACCAGCAGAAAUACGGGCCGUAUCUGCCCAAGUAGCCUUUGCAAUGGAUAAAAAGGUUACACCAGAAGACAUGGACCACUUAUUCGCAGAUAAGCUUGAAGUUAUUGAUGAAGCCAGAAAUUUGGCCAUGCAAAAGCAUACCAAAUAUAAACAAGCUCUAGCCACAAACUUCAACAGACUUUUGAGACCUAGAAACUUUAAAGAAGGAGACAAGGUGCUCAAAAUGACGAUAAAUGUUAGACAUGGCAAGUCUGCGGGAAAAUUCACCCCAACAUGGGAGGGGCCGUAUGUGAUAAAAGAAGCCCAUGCAUUAGGCUAUUAUGUGUUAAAGACUGUGGAUAUAGAGGAAGAUGAUGAAACAAUCAAUGGCUAUUGGUUGAAACCAUACUUCUAG